GUUUCUGUUUCUGGCCGGUUCCCCCGUUCAAUCCCUAUAUACUUCCUACUUCCGCGGCGCUGAGCUCACUCCACCCCACGGCACCAACGCCACCCACGACCACGCCAAUGCAGAUCUUCGUCAAGACCAUCACCGGGCAGACUCUCACCCUCGAGGUCAAGGGCACCGACACCGUCGACGCAAUCAAAGCUCAGAUCCAGGACAAGCAAGGGAUCGCCGGCACCGCCUCCGAGGACCCGCACCAGCUGCCGUCUCUCGUCUUCGCCGGGAAGCAGCUAGACGAGGAGGACGGCCGGACGCUGGCCGACUACGGCAUCGGCAAGGAGUCGACGCUGCACCACGUGCUCGGCCUCCGCGGCGGCUUCCGGCAACGAAGCUGGUACCCCCACAUCAACCCCACCCUCCUAGCGCUUGCGCUCCGCUACAACGAGAACAAGAUGAUCUGCCGCAAGUGCUAUGGACGUCUUCCUCCGGGGGCUACCAACUGCCGCAAGAAGAAGUGUGGCCACACCAAUGACCUAAGGCCGAAGAAACGUUUCGAUGGUAGAGCAGGUUUACGGGGGAAAUAGUGACACCCAUAUGAUGUACCUACCACAAAGCGACCAUAAGGACCGAUUAUAUAUGCUUCCCUCUACACCCACCAGUGUGCAGCAUGUCCUGCUUGGCAUAUAUUCUUGAAGCACCUCGUGCGCUUUGCCCCAUAAUGCCCGUGUACAAUUGCACUUUUUCUUAAUAAUAUCUAGCAUUCCGAGGACAUUGUCAUAAUGUAUUUUUGUUGUUUAUUUUAGUACUCAACAUGACUUUACAAAUUAUGAUGCAUCUCCUACUUGUCACAUAAGUUCUUUCAAGUUCUUUCCAGCAAGUCAAAUGGUUACAGCAUCAUAUAUUUCAUUAAUAGUUGAAAGCACCUACAAUUAUAGUUCCACACAUGGCGAAUUUGGCUGAUAGUUCGUACAUGCAAAAUAUUUUGGCUAUUACUAUAGCAUGGUAGGAACCACAGCAUAA